CUGUUUCUCCUGCACACUCUAGGAAAGUCUUCGGUCUUCCUCGGUUGUUUCACCACACUCCUCCUUUCUCAAUUCUACUGCCAUUGUCAAGACUCAAGACCAUCUCCAGCACACAAGAAAUUUCUAGUUGUUAUAUAUUCACAAGCAACCAUCAAAAUCGGCUGAAAGUGUAUCUUUUUUAGAGCACCACUCACUCUCCAUGCUCGAUUCUCUUUAAUAACAGUUGUAUUUGUUCCGUUCAAGCCAGUGGAGGAACAACUCCUAUUGAUGCAGACUAAUAGGGGGUUAAGGUUUUGGAUAAUCGAAAAUGUUAGAACAGUUACUGAUUUUUACUAGAGGAGGAUUAAUUUUAUGGACCUGUAAAGAACUAGGGAAUGCACUUAAAGGAUCUCCAAUCGAUACUUUGAUUAGAUCGUGUUUGUUAGAAGAAAGAUCGGCUGAUUCUUCUUAUCAUUACGAGGCUCCAGGUGCAGCUUACACUUUGAAAUGGACAUUCAACAAUGAUCUUGGUUUGAUUUUUGUUGCUGUGUAUCAGAAGAUUCUUCAUCUUCUUUAUGUUGAUGAUCUUCUUUCUAUGGUUAAGAAAGAAUUCUCUGAGAUUUAUGAUCCUAAGCGGACAACCUAUUAUGAUUUUGAUGAUGUUUUUCGUCAGUUGAGGAAUGAGGUUGAAGCUAGGGCAGAGGAGCUGAAGAAAUCCAAGCAAGUAGGGAGGGCUGCUCCAGUUGCUUUGGGUAAGAAACAAGGAGGAGCUUCAAUUGUGAGAUCAGAUGGAAAGCAUAAUGGGAACAGCUCUAGCAAAGAUGGUGGGGAUAGUGAUUCUGCAAAAGAGCAUAAGGAGAAUGGAAACCCUAAUGGUCAUCAAAACGGGGUUAAAAAGAAUGUUGUUGUUAAUAAUAAUAAAGAGAAUAGAGAUUCUGGGGCUUUUGAUGUAAAUAAGCUUCUUAAACUCAGAUCAAAAGGUGCAAAGAAACAAGAAAGUGUUGUUACAAAGGCUCCUCCAAAGGCGGAGCCAAAGAAAAAAGCAACGAAGAAAAAUAGAGUUUGGGAUGAUUCACCACCAGAGACCAAGCUGGAUUUCGCAGAUCCUGUUGAUGAGAGAGGUAUCGAGGACAUGGAAGUUGUGACAGAGAAUCAUGGUGAAAGUAUGAUGGACAGAGAGGAAGUUUUUAGUAGUGAUAGUGAAAGUGAGGAGGAGGAGGAGGAUGAGAUAGCUGGCAAGGACCCCAAGAUGGAUGAGAAAAAGAAAGGAUGGUUUUCGUCAAUGUUUCAGAGUUUUGCAGGAAAAGCAAAUCUAGAGAUGUCAGACCUGGAACCAGCUCUCAAAGCUCUUAAAGAUAGGCUCUUGACUAAGAAUGUGGCUGAAGAAAUAGCUGAGAAGCUAUGUGAAUCCGUAGCGGCUAGUCUUGUAGGAAAAAAACUGGCUUCAUUCACUAGAGUGUCAUCAACAGUUCAGGCAGCAAUGGAAGACGCACUUGUUCGCAUUUUAACUCCCAAACGCUCUAUCGAUGUAUUGAGGGAUGUGCAUGCUGCCAAGGAGCAAGGGAGGCCAUAUGUAAUCACUUUUGUUGGUGUAAAUGGAGUCGGAAAGUCUACCAACCUUGCUAAGAUAGCAUAUUGGCUUCAGCAGCACAGUAUCAGUGUUAUGAUGGCCGCUUGUGAUACAUUCAGGUCAGGGGCAGUUGAACAGCUUCGGACUCAUGCUCGUAGGCUCCAGAUUCCAAUAUUUGAGAAAGGCUACGAAAAAGAUCCUGCUGUUGUGGCAAAGGAAGCCAUCCAAGAAGCAAGCCGAAAUGGUUCUGACGUGGUGCUUGUUGAUACAGCUGGACGUAUGCAGGAUAAUGAGCCAUUGAUGAGGGCCCUCUCAAAGCUCAUAUCCCUCAAUAGUCCAGACCUAGUUCUGUUUGUUGGAGAAGCACUGGUUGGCAAUGAUGCUGUAGAUCAACUAUCGAAGUUCAAUCAGAAAUUGGCAGAUCUCUCAAACUCACCUAGUUCCAGGGUGAUUGAUGGGAUUGUGCUCACAAAGUUCGAUUGUAUUGAUGAUAAGGUUGGAGCUGCACUUUCGAUGGUGUAUAUAUCUGGAGCACCAGUUAUGUUUGUUGGUUGCGGACAGUCCUAUACAGACUUGAAGAAGCUGAAUGUCAAAACCAUUGUCAAGACUCUCCUCAAGUAGAAGAAACUCCCCUCGUGGAAAACGUUCUGUCUAGAAUACAUGCUAAAGAUUGGCUGGUCAGGAGGAAUAGCUAUAGAUUGGUUUCCUGGUGUUCUGCACUUCUCUGAUUAAAAUUCAGGAUAAUGUGUUUCAUUUCAAGAUUAUUAAAGAUAAUGCUUUCUAUGUCUCCUUUAUUUGUGGUGCCUUAGACCCUGUUAGAGCUGGGCAAUUGAAUUUUCUCCAUGUUAUGACUGAUCUAGUCAUGCCAUGGGCUAGGUGAUGUGAAUUCCAUAUCGCGCAAAACCAAAAAAGGUGGCGGAAACUCUGCUAUUUCUAGCAGACUUGCAUGUCUAGAGUUGCAUUCUUAACUUAGGUUUACUCAGUUUCACAAAAUCAGUCCGCUUUUAUUCCCAAGAUAAUAUUGCUGCUUUUAUUCCCAAGAUAAUAUUGUUGUAGCACGUGAAGUUCAUCAUACUAUGAAGACGGUAAAAGAAAAGUUUGUCACAUGGCCUUAAAGCUUGACCUCCUAAAGCCUUUGAUAGGCAGCUAGAAGGGAGUCUUAUAAUCUAGAUGUUUUAGGUUAUUAAGCAUUUCUGCUGAAUUUUGUGAUCUUAUCUAUAUGUGCAUUUAGUUUCUUACUCUGUUCUUGUUA